AUGUCCGCGAGAGGAGGGAAGAAGAAGACCACCAAGCUAUCCCGUUCGGCUCGUGCGGGAGUCAUUUUCCCGGUAGGCAGGAUGAUGCGCUACCUCCGCACGGGCACCCAUAAAUACCGCAUUGGCAUGGGUGCUCCUGUAUACAUGGCAGCUGUCAUCGAAUACCUCGCAGCUGAGAUAUUGGAGCUAGCUGGUAAUGCAGCGAGAGACAAUAAGAAAGGCAGGAUAACCCCAAGGCAUAUCAAGCUGGCAGUCGCCAAUGAUGAGGAACUAAACCAGCUUCUCAGAGGAGUAACCAUUUCGAGCGGGGGCGUCCUGCCUCGUAUACAACCAGAGCUACUGUCCAAGAAGAGGGGCAGCAAAGGCAAGGUGGAUACACAGGUGACUGUCCCAGAGAAGAGGGUCAAUCGCAUCAAGAGCAUCAAGAAACCUUCUUCCAAAAAGAGCAAAGGAAAACCAGGACGCAAGCCAAGAGUGAGUCUUCGGCCCAAGAAUACAGAGAACGAUAAAGAAGCAGUGGCCAACUCCACAGUAGAGGACGGACCAGGAGACGGUUUCACCAUCCUCUCAGCCAAGAGUCUGUUCCUCGGACAAAAGCUUUCUCUGACAGAGAGUGAGAUCAGCAAAAUUGGAACCAUCAAAGUGGAAGGAAUCAUCAACCCUACAAACGCUGAAAUCGACCUGAAAGAGGGAGUCGGAAAUGCCCUGGAGAAGGCUGGAGGGAGAGAGUUCCUGGAGGCGGUAAAAGAACUGCGGAAAACUCAAGGGCCGCUGGAGGUCGCGUCAGUGGCCGUGAGCCAAGCCAGUGGGAUGGCCGCUCGCUUCGUAAUUCACUGUAACAUCCCACAGUGGGGCUCCGAGAAGUGCGAGGACCAGCUGGAGAAGACGGUGAAGAACUGUCUCUCCGCUGCCGAGGAGAAGAAGCUCAAAUCCGUAGCCUUCCCCUCUCUACCAGCCGGCCGAAACGGUUUCCCAAAGCAGACAGCCGCCCAGCUGAUACUUAAGGCUAUUUCCAAUCAUUUUGUCUCCGCAACCACCUCCUCACUCAAGAACAUUUACUUUGUCCUGUUUGACAGCGAGAGCAUCGGGAUAUACUUACAGGAGAUGGCAAAAUUGGACGGCAAAUGA